CCGAGUCUCUCGAAUUUCAUCGAAUUUACAUCAAAAUGGAUAGACGACGAAGUAUACAAUUGGCGAUCUUUUUGGCACUCAUCUUCAGUUGCGAAUGCAAGAAUUUAAAUAUCAAGCCGUCUAUAUCGAUCAUUAAUAAUUCUGAAAAUCUCAAUCACAAUAACAAUAUCGCAAAUAUUCAUGACGAUAUAAAUAGUAAUUUAGUAAAUAAAAAAAAUUCCAAUUCGGAUAAUGUUACCAACGGCAAAUCUGUUGUAUUGCCAUUAAUUAUUAAUAAUUCUGAAAAUCGGCAAUCUGACAACGUACAACGACGGAAUGCGCGAAAUGUGCUGCCUCUUCCUUUAAUAAUUAAUAACUCUGGUAAUGAUAUCAGCAACAAUGGAUUGUCAAACGGUAAUGAUAAGGUCGAUGGAAAGAUCGUUAAUGAAAAUAAUAACGGAAAUAAUAAUAAUUCUGAUAACAUUAACAAUGAUGAUUCAGGUGUGUCGUCUUCUACAAUUAAUAAUUCGAAUAAUAAUAGUAACAACAAUGCUGUAUCCAACGGAGACGAAGAUGUUAAUGGAGACGUUGUGAAUAAAAAUAAUAAUAAUAAUUCUGAUAAUGUAAAUUCCGAUAAUUCGGAACCGAUAGUCGAGAAUCCAAAGUCGAUAGCACACAGAAUAGAACCGUUGAUACGUAUAUUUAUUGAUUGGAUAAUACGCAUAAGCAUUGGUAACAAUCCUUAAGAUGAUUCAUUAUAAUGUGCAAAAAUUAUAAAUUUAUAAAAUUAAUUUAAAGUAUUUAUAUACUUUAAUCUGCUUUGAUUAUACAAACUUUUAUUAAUUAUUUAUUAUAAAAAAUGAUGAUUAUUAAUUAUAUUAUAUGUAGUAUUACAUAUAAUAAUCAUUUAUUAUUAUACGUUUAACAAUUGUAGAUUGUUUAUCUACAAAAUUAUUACAACAAACUAAUAAUAAAAAUAAUAAAUAAAAUGUGUGGAAAUUCUAAAAUGUCUGAUAAAGAUAUACUAGAACAUUUAUUCUUUUCCGAUUUCUUCAAAAUGUCCAUUUUUAUUAUACAAUUUCUCUAUUAAGUUUUUUACAUAUAUAUUAUUGAAAAAGGACAAAGUCUACGCCUAAUAUCAUGCAUGAAUGAGUUUCGGAAAAUAUCUCGUAAAUAUGCUUUAUCUUUAAUGUCAGAAAGGGAGAGACACGAACAUUUGAAUGCACGAACCAAAAAAAUGCAUAUUGGCUAUAAUUAUUUAUGCAUUAUUAAGAUUUGUGAUUUAGUAAAGAAAUACAAAAAGUUUAUCGCAAAAAUUUACAAUAGUUUUUAUCAUUCUUUACAUAAGAGAGAUUUUAAUAUCUCGCGAUGAUAUGACGUAAAAGAUUAAACGUGUACUUUAAUUAUACCGUUACCUUCAGUGAAUCACACUUAACAACAGAUGUGUGAAUUGUCGAAAUAUUACAUAAAAAAAUGAUAAUAAAAAUUGUAAAUAUUUGAAGAGAUUAUUUCUAAUAUAUCGAAGUGUUGUACAUGAAAAAUAAUUUUUCUUCACUUUUUAUUAUAACUUUUACCAUUUUUUGUCAAAGCAGAACAAAGAUAUUCUUUGUACAUUGCAAUUUAAUUUUAUGUAUUUUAAAUAUGUUAUUAAUUAAAAAUAUGUUGAUAAACAGAGUGUGAUUUUUUGAAUGAUAUGUAUGAAAAUUUUCAAAAUAUAUUAUUAAAUAAAUUUUUUAUUAAUUAAUAGCUUCUCUGAUUCAAAAUCAUAUUUAGAUUCAUCAUAUAUUUGUUUCUGUGCACGUAAUAAAAUUUUAAAAAUUUGCCUAGAUAUGAAAAGAAACCGCCGAGUCUCUCAAAAUUCGCCGUUUAUAUCAAAAUGAAUAAACGUCAAGGUACACAAUUGACGAUUUUUUUGAAAAGUAUUUUUAACGUAACACUAUAAAUAAUAUAUAAAAAUAUGUUUAGCUAUUAUUUUUUAUGCACAAAUGAGUAAAUAAAUAAUACAUUUCGAUUAACACAUAUUUUAUGAUGAUAACAUAAAAUUAUGUCUUUCUAUAUGUUCUUUGCAAUUAACUAAACAAAAAGAAUUUAUCUUCAACUGCGA